AUGGUUGUGACUGCAGCUUUGAUGAUCUUAACCAUUCUUUUUAUUACUGUUGUGUUAACUCGAGAGAGACCAAAAGGCUGUCCACCAGGUCCUUUUCCUUGGCCAUUUAUUGGAAAUCAGUAUUAUUUACGACGAUUACAGAAAAAAUACGGUGGACAACACAUGGCCUUUCUGCAUCUCAGCAAAAUAUAUAAUAGCAACGUCAUAUCUUUACGAUUGGGUGGCAAAUAUACGAUCGCUGUUUCAGACAGCAAGCUCAUACAACAAAUUUGCGUUAACGAAAAGUACGAUGGGCGUCCUUGGAAUGAAUUUAUGAAGCUACGAAAUUUGGGAAUGAAAAAGGGACUUACGGCGAACGAUGGCCCGGAGUGGAAAGAAUUGCAUAAUUGGUCCGCACGCGCACUAAGACAGGUCGGUUUUGCUAAGCCAGCGAUGGUCGACCUGCUCAAUAACGAGAUGACGCUCAUUGCAAAAAGACUAAGGGACGGUGGCGUACAACCUAUACGGCCCGCGUUUGCGCCCGCCGUAAUGAAUGUUCUUUGGUUUUUGGUCACAAGAUCGAAUCCAUCCGAGAAUCCCAAGAGAUUACAGAAUUUCAUAAAUAUGAUGGAUCAUCGAUCGCAACAGUUUGAUGCGACCGGCGGAAUUCUAUCCGCUAUACCUUGGAUACGUUACAUCGCACCGGAAAUGUCAGGCUACAAUACCGUCGUAACGCUAAACAAAGAACUGAAAACUUUUCUAAUGGACACUAUCAACGAGCAUAAAAAACGAUAUAUUAAGGGAAAUGAGUCGGAUUUUAUCGAUUUGUUUCUCCAGGAGAUGUACGAAAGCGAAGGACAGGGAGAGAGAGCCCAUGUGUUUGAUGAUGGUAAUCUGAUUGUGACAUUGAUCGACUUCUUCAUCGCCGGCAUUAGCACUACAACAGCGACAUUAGAUAUUCUCUUCAUGCAAAUAACAAAUCAUCCAGACGUACAACGCAAGUUGCACGAGGAGAUCGACGCCGUGAUCGGAAACAGGACUCCCAGUUUGGAGGACAGAAAAAAAAUGCCUUACACGGAAGCGAUAUUAAACGAAAGUCAACGCUUAACGAGUGUAGUAGUUCUAUUAGCACCACAUCGCACCAUCGAAGAUACAAUCCUUGAUGGUUACAAAAUACCAAAGGAUACUAUUGUCCUCUUAAAUGUGCAUUGCAACAACAUGGAUCCGGAUGUAUACCCUGACCCGAAUUCGUUUAGGCCGGAGAGAUUUAUAAACAAGGAUGGAAAUUAUCAAACACAAGAAAAUCUUAUACAAUUUGGAAAAGGAAAGAGAAGAUGUAUUGGAGAAGUUUUGGCAAGAUCGGCUAUAUUCCUACUGUUUGUCGGGGUGAUGCAGAAAUAUCGUUUACUUCCUUUGCCUGGUAAAGGAUCCGUUAAUGCAGAAUUCACCAUCGGGAUAAUAAGGGAAUUGAAGCAUUAUGAAUUGUUAAUCGUUCCCAGAUAAGAUAAUAUUAUAUUCUCUUAGAUAAAUAAGUUUCUUGUUUAAAAAACAUAUUUCGAAUUAAUUUUAUCAUAUUGACAAAUGUUAAUUUCCCAAUUAGACUACAAUUCUAUUUAAUUAUGUUUUGUUACACUUUCUGUCCAAGAUAUAUGUAUAUGUAAGCAUUAAAAGAAAAAAGAAGACAAAAAAUUUAAAAGUAUAAUAUAAAAAACUCAUGUAUAAA